GUCCUUCCUCAAUUCCCAGAUUCCAUCCACCAGCCCAUCGCUACUAACCAGAACAGCAUCGGGAACAACACCCUCCUCCUUCUCCUCCUCAUCACCAUCGUAAUCUUAAUUCCCAGCUCAGUCCAACACCAUCACCUCCCCCAAGUCUUCUACACCCCCACUCCUUAAAUCCACCACCAUGCAGCUCAAGACCCUCCUUCCCAUCGUCCUGGCCGCGCUGGCCGUAGCCAGCCCGGUAGCCAGCCCGAACAAGCACGACGAGAAGCACGACGAGAAGCACGACAAGCACGACCACAAGCACAAGGACAAGCACGAUCCUACCACCACCACCACCUCCCCCACCACGCACGUGGCGUACACAACCAGCACGCCCAAGGUCUACACGACCACGACCAAGCCCAGCUACCCGACUACCACCGUGGCCAAGGCGUACACGACCACGACGAAGGCCAAGUACCCGGCCACGACGCUGAAGACCAAGUACCCCGCGACGACGUCGGCGCCCAAGUACACGACCACGAAGCCCAAGCACGCGGCCUCGACCACCACCGCCACACCGGCCACGGACCCCACGACGACCACCACCACCGAGGAGCCCGCCGAGACCACCAAGAGCAGCAAGCUCCACGGCGCGUGCCCCAUCGGCGCCGGCACCCCCCAGUGCUGCCAGGUCGACGUCGCCGGCAUCCUCGGCUUGACCUGCGGGAGCCCCGGCCUCGACAUCGAGUCCAUCGAGGAGUUCCGGAGCACCUGCGCGGCGACGGGCCUGACCGCGGCGUGCUGCGCGCUGCCGGUACUGGGUCAGGCCCUGUUGUGCACCGUCGCGUGAGCGGUCUGAGACGCUGUUCUAAAUGGUUUAAUUUGGGGAGUUAUGGGUUUGGUGUUCCUGCGGCAGCCCUCGGGACGGCGCAGUAGGCGAGGUUUCUGGCGUGUUGGUGGCGGCGGUG